AUGGGUCCACAAGCCAAACUGUAUUGCAGUAUUGAUGGAGCUCACAAGUAUCAAGCGGAGCAAGCAGAGAUCAGACGACGAACGAGAGAAUACCAAAGCCAUAGACUGGCGGAGAUGGGCAGGAGGGUAAACAUUGUGGAGGCGGCAGAUGUUGUGGAGGUGGUAGAUGUUGUUGAGCGGCCAAAGAAGACAUGGUGGCAUAGGGUGUUGAAGAAGUUGGGUCUGAAGCAAAAGGAACAUUGUGCGAGAGGAAUGCCACGCGGGAGGGAUAUGACACAGGAGGGAUAUGUUGCGGGAGGGAUAGCAUGCAGGAGGAAUAGCAAGUUUAGAGUCAGUAAGAUACAUGUACCAAUACUACAACAGAAAAGACAGGUGUUCAAGUCAAGAAAUGCAACAAAAACCACAAUGCACUCAAUGAGCCGCCUUCAUCAGACAGCUGGCAAAGCGAAAGCAAACAUCUUGUGCUUUGAUGGUGGUGGUACUGGUACAGGCUCGUGUUUUGGGAUACCUGGAGAGGAGUCAGACGACGAAGCUGAGACUAUACAAGUGGUACAGUCCUCCAUACCUGGGGGUGUUGGAGGGGAUGCCGUUGAUGCUGGUACAGGCUCGUGUUUUGGGAUACCUGGAGACGAGUUAGACAAUGAAGCUGAAACUAUGCUUGUGUUUUGGGAUACCUGGCGAGACGAAGCUGAGACUAUGACCAAUGCUGAAACUAAGUGA